GUGAAGGGUGGGGGGUUGGGUGUUUGUGAUUAGCCUUGAGUUGAUCCUUCGGGAGCAGAUGGUGAAUGGUGGCUUACGACUCAAGUCCCAGGAGCUAGUUUGUGUCCACGCUGCAAGGAGUAGCAUUGAAGUUGAGAAACACGUAGUAAAAAAGCUCAUGAGACAGGACUGCAGGAAAACAGGAAACAGACUGACAGUAUAACAAAAUCCAGGCAGGACGUGACAUCAUGUUUCUGAGGGACCUGAGCUUUGCUGCUGUUCUGCUGCUGCUGCUCUCUGUCCAGUCUCUGCAUGGCUCUGCUCUUUCUGCUGUAUCCUCCUAUGAGUUCACUGCCUACAGGAUGCAACAGUUCAACCUGGUACAACAAAAGCAUGGUUGCCGUGGGGCCAUUGUGGUGGCAGAGGCACGCUCAGCCGACGAGCCGGUGCUGACCCGCCGCUGUGUCAUCAUGAAGGUGCCGGACUUCACCACAGAAAAAUACCUCGAGGCCCAGAGACAAAAUGCUGCUGCCAUACUGAUCCUGUUGCCCAGAAAUAUCUCCAGCGUCCCUCAUGAUACAGUGCAGUCCUUCAUGGUAAGUGAGAGCGAGGCCUUGCUGAAAGAGACCCUCAUGCCUGUGUAUGUGGUGCCUGAGGAUGAACAACUGCUCUACAUGUAUGAGGAGGUCAAGCAGGCUGCAGCCACCCGGACCUCCUCAAUAUUUAUCCGAGUCCUUCGAAGUAUGGUCACAGCUACAGCCUUUCAGAUCUUAGUGAGCAACAAUGCCCCUAUUAAGGCCAUCACGGACAACGCUAUAGUCACACUGGAGGGAGUGCUUCCUGGAGCAUUGGAGGAUGCACCCACUAUUGUCAUCACUGCCCACUAUGAUUCCUAUGGGCUGGCACCAUGGUUGUCUUAUGGAGCAGACUCUAACGGCAGCGGGGUCACCAUCCUACUAGAGUUGGCACGUCUCUUCCAGAAGCUUUAUAGUAGCCCAAGUACCAGACCACCAUAUCAUUUAAUGUUCUCCCUAACUGGAGGAGGAAAACACAACUUCCUUGGCACAAAGAGAUGGAUUGAAGAAAAUCUGGACCAUGCUGAGUCCAGCUUGCUCCAUGACAAUGUGGCAUUCGUUUUGUGUUUGGAUACACUGGCCAAUGGCGAUGAGCUGUACAUGCAUGUGUCCCGCCCUCCUAAAUCUGACACUCCCAUGCACUCCUUCAUUCAACAUCUGGAGGAGGUGGUUUCCUCCAGAUUUCCCUGGGUGAAGAUUGGGUUGGUCCAUAAGAAGAUCAAUCUUGUGGAGUCCACAGUAGCCUGGGAGCAUGAACGCUACAGCCUGCGCAGGAUCCCAGGCUUCACAUUGUCUCAUCUGGAAGACCCCAAAUCUGAGCUCCGUGGCUCUGUACUAGACACCAUGUCACAAGUGGACUUCAGGAAACUUAAGCGUAAUGGCAUCCUCAUAGCAGAAGCACUGGCACGGUAUAUGUUCAAUCUCUCAGACAAGGGUUCACCAAAAGAUGUGCAGGUUUUCAGGGGCCAAAUGGACUUCCAGGACAGUCGUAUGUCAAGUCUGAUGGCCUUCCUGACGUCAGUCCCUCGAGCCACCCAGCUGCUGGAUAAGGAGCCCAGUCACAUCCUGCUUGUCAACUCACUGGAACAUGAGUUCAAACGCUACUUACAGCAAGUCCACAGACACACCUUCCGACAGGACAAAAGGGACCCUGAUAUUACCUUUUUUGAUCAAAUGAACCAACCGAUAGUGAUGUACAGAGUGAAACCUGCAGCUUUUGAUCUUUUCCUGGGUGGCUGCAUUGCUGCGUAUUUGGGCAUCGUUUACUACACAAUCCAGAAUUUUGGCUAUCUCUACACAAAGCUGAAAGCGGCAGUGAAAUCCAAGCACCAGUAAAUAAAAUUCUGAAUACUGAUUCUAUGACAAGGCCUUUGAAGUCUGCCUUGCACAUGUUAGACUUCUGCUUCACUGGCUGUGCAGCACAUGAAAGCAAUAUGAGAAGAAGACUGAUCAUAUGCACAACUUAUAAACAGUGCAUUUGCUUUGAAAUGUAUAUUGUUUUAAAGAUGUUUGUACCUUUCAUUAUUCAUAAAUCCACUGUAUUGUAAAUCAUCUCUUACUGGAACAGACUGGACUUUGUUGUUUGGAGGACAUGUAAACAAAAUAAA